UUAAUCUUACCGUUUGAGAAUUAAAUAUAAAUAACAGUCUGGUUAGAUUUGGUUCAGUAGUUUUUUAGUACCGAACGAGGAAACACUUGAUCAUAAAUCAAAAUGCGUUUAUCAGUGGUGCUAUUGUGUGUUGUCAUAUUCGCAUGUGUGAACGCGAGAGCUGGAAGAUAUUCCCCAGAACAGUUAAAAAAUUUUAGCGGCAGUAGAAGCGGAGCUGGCAGUGGCAGUGGCAGUGGCAGCGGCAGCGGCAGUGGAAGCGGCAGCGGAAGUGGAAGCGGCAGCGGCAGUGGCAGUGGCAGCGGCAGUGGAAGCGGCAGCGGAAGUGGAAGCGGCAGCGGCAGUGGAAGCGGCAGCGGAAGUGGAAGUGGAAGCGGCAGUGGAAGUGGCAGUGGAAGCGGCAGCCGAAGUGGAAACGGAGCCGGCAGCGGCAGCGGCAGUGGCAGCGGAAGUGGCAGUGGAAGCGGAAGUGGCAGUGGAAGCGGAAGUGGCAGCGGCAGUGGAAGCGGCAGCGGAAGUGGAAGCGGAAGUGGCAGUGGAAGUGGAAGGAACCUAUGGUCGACAAUCGUCAGACACACGAGGGACUUGAAUGGCCUUAAAUGGGACGAGCAGUUGCAGUUUGUUGAUCUCCUCAGCAGCACCAACCAAGAGCUUUCUGAAGCCAGAGGCUACAAUCACCAGGUCUUCGACAACCGCAGGCACCUGGAGGGCCAGGAGUAGGUCUCUGACUCUCUAUGGGCGGACGACUUGGGCGGGCGGAAGGACUAAGGGCCAGGUCUAUGAAGAAAUGAAAUGAAACCUUUAUUCAACUUUGUGAAAAAUCUGGCACUUAGGAACAUAAUUUACUAAAAAAUCAAAUUAUAGUGUCAAUAAAAUAAUAAACAACUUUGUCUGUAUUUGACCCCAAUCUCAUGAUGAUGAUAAGAGGUCAUAGCAAACUUAUAAACCCGGAACGGGAUCGACACCGUAUC